AUGGUCCAAAUCAAGGCAGCUGCUCUGGCUAUGCUCUUUGCUGGUCAUGUGCUUUCCGAGCCCAUUGAAGCCCGUCAGGCCUCAGUGAGCAUCGAUGCCAAAUUCAAAGCUCACGGGAAGAAAUACCUGGGUACCAUUGGUGAUCAGUCCUCCUUGAACAAGAACCCAAAGACCCCGGCAAUUAUCAAGGCCGACUUCGGCCAGCUGACCCCGGAGAACAGUAUGAAGUGGGAUGCUACUGAGCCACAACAAGGACAAUUCUCCUUUUGGGGGUCCGACUACCUCGUCAACUUUGCUCAGUCCAACGGCAAGCUGAUCCGUGGACACACUCUCGUGUGGCACUCGCAGCUCCCAUCGUGGGUCUCUUCGAUCAGAGACAAAAACACUCUGAUCAAUGUCAUGAAGAACCACAUCACCACCGUGAUGAACCGGUACAAGGGCAAAGUUUACGCUUGGGACGUUGUGAACGAAAUCUUCAACGAGGAUGGUUCCCUGCGCAACAGUGUCUUCUACAAUGUCAUCGGUGAGGACUAUGUACGGAUCGCCUUUGAAACCGCUCGUGCCGCAGAUCCAAAUGCAAAACUCUACAUCAAUGACUACAACCUGGAUAAUGCCGGGUAUGCUAAAUUGACUGGCAUGGUCAAUCAUGUCAGGAAGUGGAUCGCCGCAGGUAUCCCUAUCGACGGAAUCGGCUCCCAAACCCACCUGAGCGCUGGUGCAGCUAACAUCAUUUUUACUGCUCUGAAUGCUCUGGCUGCUGCAGGCACAGAGGAAAUCGCUGUUACUGAAUUGGACAUCGCUGGCGCCAGCCCCACUGACUACGUGAAUGUCGUGGAGGCUUGUCUCCACCAGCCUAAGUGCGUCGGAAUUACCGUUUGGGGAGUUGCUGACCCGGAUUCCUGGCGCUCCAGCUCCAGCCCUUUGCUCUUCGACUGGAACUAUAACCCGAAGCAAGCAUAUUACGCCAUUGCGAAUGCCCUCUAG